UUCCUGGGAAACAGACACAACAACGCUGGGAUUAGGCGCAAAAAAUGACGUCUCCCAACAUGUGCAAACGAGGUCUACUUCAGGUAAAAGUGAACAAAGUUUUCAGCAGUAGCCAAAUUCCACAUUCAAAAGUACCGUCAUCGGUAAAGGUUCAUAAACAUCAACAACUUCUAUUUUCCCGCAACACAGGGUUCCCUCCGAGACACUCUAGAAACAUCCUGUAAAAAUGGGUAAAACCAGAAAAGGUGCUCAGACACACAGUACUGGCCUCUGCACACUCUCUCGCCAUACGGAAGCCUCCAAGGGGGUGUGAGAAACGGUGCCCCUGGAAACAGGCAGGAGCAGCACCUGCUUUCUCUGCCCACGUUUCCUUCCAAGCACAGCACUGCGCAUGGCACGGGCUUCCUGGAACACCUGUAAGUGAUGCAGCCCAUCACUCACCAAGGAACGUCAAAUAAUGUCUGUGCCCAUUUCAAACUACCAGAGGCUGGUGGUGUGGAUUUGGAUUCAGGAAAGGUGAAGACAGAGUUAAAAACUUUCUAGAGGCGUCCGCGUGUUCCCUUGGCGGCUGUCUUUUCUCUCGUUCUGCUCUGCCAUGCCCUGCUCUGAAGCGACACCCACCAUCUCCCCCAGCAAGUGGGCUCGGCCUGCGGAGGACGCCAUGCGGCUCUGCUUUGUCUGGCUCUCGGAGCCCGCCACCGCCCCGAGCAAGCGGUCCGUGCGGGCCAUGGGCUACGACCUGUACAAUGCCUAUGAUCACACAGUACCACCUAUGGAAAAAACCCUUGUGAAAAUGGACAUUCAGAUAGCUCUUCCUUCUGGGUGCUAUGGAAGAGGAGCUCCCUGUUGUGGCUUGGCUGCAAAACACCUCAUAGAUGUAGGAGCUGGCAUCAUAGGUGAAGAUUAUAGAGGAAAUGUGGGUGUUGUACUAAAUUUUGGCAAAGAAGGGGCGCCUGGGUGGCUCAGUCGGUUGAGCGUCUGACUUUGGUUCAGGUCAUGAUCUCGUGGUCCGUGAGUUUGAGCCCCGCAUUGGGCUCUGUGCUGACAGCUCAGAGCCUGGAGCCUGUUUUGGAUUCUGCGUCUCCCUCUCUCUGCCCCUUCCCCGCUCAUGCUCUGUCUCUGUCUCUCAAAAAUGAAUAAACGUUAAAAAAAUUUUUUUUUUUAAUUUUGGCAAAGUUUGAGAAAAGGUGAUCGAAUUGCACUGCUCAUUUGUGAACGGAUUUUUUAUCCAAAAAUAGAGGAAGUUCAGGUUUUGGAUGACACUGAAAGGGGUUCAGGAGGUUUGGGUUCUACUGGGAAGAAUUAAAAUUUAUGCCAAGAAUAGAAAAUGAGAAAACAUACUUUUCUUAAAAAUAAAGUGUCUCUGCUUAA